AUUCAACCUUCAAUCGUCAACUAUAUAAUUCGAGUUGAAAAUUCAGAAAAAUCCACCACUUUCAACGUUUACACAACCACUCCUCCACUACUCUACACUUCCCUCUUCAAUCCCGAUCCUGAUCAUGGCACCCCCCGCUGCCCCCUACCGCCGCCCCGGCGAGGUCCACGUCAUCGUCGGACCUAUGUUCGCCGGUAAAUCAACCGCUCUCCUCCGUCGCAUCACGGCGGAGUCUGAUUCCGGCAGGACUGUGGCGAUGAUAAAGUCGAGUAAGGAUACUCGAUACGCGGUGGAUGCAGUCGUGACGCACGAUGGCACCAAGUUCCCUUGUUGGCCGCUGCCGGAUCUCUUGUCGUUCAAGCUCAAAAUUGGCGCCAAGGCGUAUGAAAAAGUGGAUGUGAUAGGCAUUGAUGAAGCUCAAUUUUUCGGUGACCUGUACGAGUUCUGCUGUGAGGUGGCUGAUCUUGAUGGGAAAACUGUUGUAGUUGCUGGCCUUGAUGGUGAUUACUUGAGGAGGAGUUUUGGAUCAGUGCUCGAUAUCAUCCCACUUGCUGAUACUGUCACGAAGCUUACUGCACGGUGCGAGCUCUGUGGCAAGCGUGCUUUCUUCACUCUGAGGAAGACGGGCGAGCUGCAAACUGAGCUCAUUGGUGGUGCUGAUGUUUACAUGCCCGUCUGUCGCCUGCACUAUGGCAAUGAGCAACGCAGUGCUUCUGUGGAAGCUGCAUCAGGAAGCAAGUUUGGUGCUGCCGCGGUUGAAGAAUUGCUUGAUUGUUGAAACAACUGCACAAGUUGAGGAAAGUGUUGGUUUGUGCUGUUUAGUAUAUCUAUCUAUGGCUGUGUUGUUAGUGAUGUAUAGUUUUAGUAGCAUAUGUUUAAACUCGUUCACUUCUUAAACUAUGCCUUGAAUCUUCAUCAUCGAGUUCUCAUGAAAAUGUUGUGAACUCAUUUGUAAUGGAAGAUUCGAGGUUAGUAUUAUUUCACUUAUUGUAUGCUCCACUCUCCUAUAAUAAGAGUAAUGUUUCGCCA